CUUCUUCCGAGGUCGUUGCCCCAGACACAGCCGCCGCUAUGCAGAGGGAGGAGAAGCAGCUCGAAGCAUCAUUAGAUGCACUGCUGAGUCAAGUGGCUGAUCUGAAGAACUCACUGGGGAGUUUCAUUUACAAACUGGAGAACGAGUAUGACCGGUUGACCUGGCCCUCUGUCCUGGACAGCUUUGCCUUGCUCUCUGGACAGUUGAACACUCUGAACAAGGUCUUGAAGCAUGAAAAGACACCACUGUUCCGUAACCAGGUCAUCAUCCCUCUGGUGUUGUCCCCAGACCGUGAUGAAGAUCUCAUGCGGCAGACUGAAGGACGAGUACCUGUUUUCAGCCAUGAGGUAGUCCCUGACCAUCUGAGAACUAAGCCUGACCCUGAGGUUGAAGAGCAAGAGAAGCAGCUGACAACAGACGCAGCCCGCAUCGGUGCUGAUGUAGCUCAGAAGCAGAUCCAGAGCUUAAAUAAAAUGUGCUCAAACCUUUUGGAGAAAAUCAGCAAAGAGGAACGAGAAUCAGAGAGUGGAGGUCUCCGGCCAAACAAGCAGACCUUUAACCCUGCAGACACCAAUGCCUUGGUGGCAGCUGUCGCCUUUGGAAAAGGGCUGUCUAAUUGGAGACCUUCAGGCAGCAGCGGACCUGGCCAGCCAGGCCAGCCAGGAACUGGAACGAUCCUUGCAGGAGCCUCAGGAUUGCAGCAGGUGCAGAUGGCAGGUGCUCCAAGCCAGCAGCAGUCAAUUCUCAGUGGGGUGCAAAUGGCCCAAGCAGGUCAACCAGGGAAAAUGCCAAGUGGAAUAAAAACCAACAUCAAGUCAGCUUCAAUGCAUCCCUACCAGCGGUGAGUGUGGCCAGCGACCUCUGCUGCCAGAUGCUCUUUGUAGAGCUGGGCAGUGAAAUUGCCUUUUGCCCAAACUGACCUAGCUGGGUACAAUAAAAGGACAUGGGCUUUCAGCAACAGACAAA